AUGAGAAUACCAUCAUCAUUGUUUUCAAGAAUCCCAACUACUUUUUAUAAACACUACAACCAACUCCUCUCCUCUAACCUUUUCACCUCCCGUAAUCCCACAACCCUUUGGGCUAUCAAGGCAUCCACCGCCGCAGCCGCCGCCACCACCACCACCACCAGUGGUCGCCGCCAACAUCACAACCAGAAGAUUGUAGUGAUAAUGGGUCCAACUGGGUGUGGCAAAUCAAAGCUGUCAAUAGACCUCGCCACUCGAUUUUUCCCUUCGGAAAUCAUCAACUCGGACAAAAUACAAGUCUACAAUGGCCUCGACAUCACAACCAACAAAAUCCCAAUACGACAGCGUUUUGGAGUCCCCCACCACCUCCUGGGUGAGUUUAACCCGUCCGAAUCACAACCCGAGUUCGCACCCUCUGAUUUUCGCCCACUCGCCUCCUCCACCAUCUCUUCCGUCAUUUCUCGUCGUAAACUACCCCUUGUCGUGGGUGGGUCCAACUCAUUCAUUUACGCCCUCCUUGCCAAACGAUUCAACCCAAGCUUGGACGUGUUUGACCCCGAGUUAUACCCAGUUAAUCCCGUCUGUACCGAGUUACGUUAUAACUGUUGUUUUCUUUGGGUAGAUGUUUCUCCACCCGUGUUGAGUCAAUAUUUGUGUGAGCGAGUCGAUGAAAUGUUUGACUCGGGCAUGUUUGAAGAGUUAGAAGACUUUUAUACAUCGGGCGAGGUUGACUCAGUGAGUCAGUCAGGUUUGAAGAAGGCCAUAGGUGUGCCCGAGUUCGAGAUAUAUUUCAAGAGAUUCGGGUCCCGUACGACGCGCACGGAUCCGCAGGUGCAUGAUGUGUACGAGGAAGCUAUUAAGUUGAUCAAAGAUAACACGUGUCAACUGGCUAAGAGGCAACUGUGGAAGAUCCAACGGCUGAGAGAUGCUGGUUGGGACCUACGUAGAAUAGAUGCCACGGAGGCGUUCAGGGCGGCGAUGGGGGUGUCGGGUUCAGAUUCCGGCAGCAGGAGGGUGUCAGACAUUUGGGAGAGGCAAGUUGUUGAACCAAGCGUGAAGAUUGUGAAGAAGUUCUCGGGGGAUUAG